ACAUACGAGGAGAAGAUGGCUCGCAGAUUGCUAGGACCACAGAAUGCAGCUGCUGUGUUUCAAGCUCAAAAUGACAGUGAAGCACAAGAUUCACCACAGCACAACCUAGAACACACACGACUGCAAGUUCCUACAUCACAAGUAAGAAGCAGAUCAUCUUCAAGGGGAGAUGUGAAUGAUCAGGAUGCAAUCCAGGAGAAAUUUUACCCACCUCGUUUCAUUCAAGUGCCAGAGAACAUGUCAAUUGAAGAAGGAAGAUUCUGCAGAAUGGACUUCAAAGUAAGCGGACUGCCAGCUCCUGAUGUGUCAUGGUAUCUGAAUGGAAGACCAGUUCAAUCAGAUGACCUUCACAAAAUGAUAGUGUCUGAAAAGGGUUUCCAUUCACUCAUCUUUGAAGUGGUCAGAGUUUCAGAUGCAGGGGCCUAUGCAUGUGUUGCCAAGAACAGAGCAGGAGAAGCCACCUUUACUGUACAGCUGGAUGUCCUGGCAAAAGAACAUAGAAGAGCACCAAUGUUCAUCUACAAGCCACAAAGCAAAAAAGUUUUUGAGGGAGACUCAGUGAAGCUAGAAUGUCAAAUCUCAGCUGUACCUCCACCAAAGCUUUUCUGGAAAAGAAAUAAUGAAAUGGUACAAUUCAACACUGACCGAAUAAGUUUAUAUCAUGAUAACUCUGGUAGAGUUACUUUACUGAUAAAAGAUGUAAACAAGAAAGAUGCUGGGUGGUACACUGUGUCUGCAGUUAAUGAAGCUGGAGUGAUCACAUGUAACACAAGAUUAGAUGUUACAGUCCGUCAAAACCAAACUCUUCCAGCUCCUAAGCAGUUACGUGUUCGACCAACUUUCAGCAAAUAUUUAGCACUUAAUGGUAAAGGUUUGGAUGUGAAACAAGCUUUUAACCCCGAAGGAGAAUUUCAGCGUCUGGCAGCUCAAUCCGGACUCUAUGAAAGUGAAGAACUUUAAUGAGGUUACCAACAUUGAAAAACACAAC